AUGUUUCCCCCACCACCCGCAGCUCUCGAUUGGAAGGACAUUGGCUUCAAAGUCCGCGACGUUCACGGCCAUGUUGAAUGCCACUUUUCUAAGUCUGGCGGAGGCAAGUGGUCUGCCCCACAAUUCGUCGCUUCGCCUUUCCUGUCCAUUCACGGUAUGGCGCCCGGCCUGAACUACGGACAGCAAGUCUAUGAAGGACUCAAAGCAUUCCGCCAUGCUGGAGAUAACAAGAUCACCAUCUUCCGACCGGAGCGCAAUGCAAAGCGAAUGCAGCAUUCUGCAGAGGUGGUCUCCAUCCCGCCUGUCCCCGAGGAGCUGUUUAUCGAGGCCGUCCAUCUAGCCGUGGCGGUCAAUGCCGAGUUUGUUCCGCCUCAUGAAUCCGGCGCUGCGAUGUACAUCCGACCUUUACUGUUUGGGUCUUCUGCGCAGCUGGGCCUGAGCCCACCCGAUGGGUAUACGUUUGCUGUGUUUGUCAUGCCCACCGGCGUCUACCAUGGAGCCAGUGCAGUCGAUGCCCUGAUCCUCGAGGACUUUGACCGAUCUGCUCCUCAUGGAACAGGAUCGGCGAAGGUCGGGGGUAACUAUGCCCCUGUACUACGUCACAGUGAUCGCGCGCGCAAUGAAGGUUUUGGUAUUACGCUGCACCUUGAUAGCGCGACACGAAGUGAGAUCGACGAAUUCUCGACAUCAGCCUUUAUUGGAGUUAAGGGCAGUGGUUCGGAUGUUACGAUUGUGCACCCCGAUAGUCCUAAUGCUAUCGACUCAGUCACCGCCGCAUCUGUGGGCGAGAUUGCCCGGAAGUUGGGCUUUCGUGUGGAGAAGCGCCGUGUUAGCUACGAUGAACUGGCUGGUUUUGACGAAGUGGUUGCGGCGGGUACAGCGGCCGCUCUGGUGCCGGUGCGGAGUAUCACUAUGCGGUCGAAGGGAAACAAGUUUGAAUAUCGUUCCGGAAACAAUAAUGAGGGCGGUGAGGUCUGUGUAAAACUUCUGCAGAAUCUACGCGGUAUUCAGUCGGGACAGAAAGAAGAUACAUUUGGGUGGAACUUUGAAGUGCAAGCUCCUCCCAAGGGAUGGAUGGAGGAUGGCAGCACCGAAAAAACGGAGUUCAGCGGAGCGAAUGUGCCUUGA